AUGAGUCAUCUACUUUGGAAAUACUACUGGGAAAAUGACGUCGACAAAUUCUGUCGGCUACUGGCUCCGGCCAGUUAUUCCCAGAAUACAUCCAAGACUUCUAGUUUGGGAGUAGGUAGUGUAGGCGCAUUCGGAAGUUCUCCACGAGGUACUACCAAGUCGCGCAAAGCGUCCGGCUUUGGCGUUUCUGUAAUUGCGCCUAAAAAUGCCGGUAGCAAUCUUGGAAAGGGUGAUAUUAAUAGUCGCGACUACUCGGGUUUAACUAUUCUACUUCGAGCCGUUUCGUCAACUUCUUCGAACGCCAUCACCUUUGUCGAAGCCCUCCUUGAUCAUCCCGCGAUCGAUAUCUACAUUCAGGACUACGAGAGCGGUUGGAAUGCCCUACAUAGAGCCCUAUAUAAUGGAAAUAUUUCGAUUGCGCGAUUGCUACUUGAUAAGGAACGUAAAGACAUAACAAGUUCCCUUGGGGGGGUUACUACUACUAGGGUGGGACAAUUAAUCAAGACGAAAGACCAUGAAGGAAAUAGUCCUUUUGACGUAUACAACGCUAGUAUUGCUUUGCGAACUUUGAAAGUCUCAGAAGAGCGCGCGAGCCUGGAAGAUGAUGGCUCAGAUAGUGAUGAGGGUUCGGCAGGCGAAGAUGCUAGGCAUCAUACCAGAUCUGCUGCUCUGGGUGAAGAAGUAUUCACCUUUGGUAGCAAUAAUAAUUUUUCCCUUGGCCUUGGCGAUGAAGAUGAUCGGCAAUUCCCAGAGCGCAUCUAUUUGAAACGCCCUGACCAUUUAAUUCAGCAUUUCUACGACCAGUACCUCGAGGAAAUGAAGCGCCAGUCGAACAUAGAGGAUUCAAUAUCUCGCGAUUUGUCUCAAAUCCCAAUUUUAAUUCAGAAUCGCCCUUUAAUGAUUCAGGAUGUAGUGCUCUCUAAGCUACACAGUGCUGUCCUCACGACUGAUCCCGUCUCUAAUUUGUACAUCUGCGGCAUUGGGCGUGGUGGUCGUCUUGGCCUUGGUGACGAGAAUACGAGGUUCAGUUUUAUGCCUGUUCAGGGCGGCUUGUCCGACAAGAAGGUCGUUCAGAUUUCGUUAGGCCAAAAUCAUUCAUUGGCUGUAACCAACACGGGAGAACUUUGGACUUGGGGGUCAAAUACGUAUUCGCAGCUUGGGGUUCCUUUACCUGCACCGGUGAAACCUGACGAGGAACCAAUAAGUACAACGCCUCGACAAGUAUUUGGUCCAUUGAAGAAGGAAAUCAUACUUGGAGCAGCGGCUUCUGCUAUUCAUUCCGUAGCACACACGGGGUCGUCUUUGUUCUGCUGGGGAAAAAAUGUUGGCCAACUUGCCUUGAUGGAUGCGGAUUCCAGGUCUCUUGAGGUUCAGACGGUCCCUAGGAAAGUUGCCGCGACCCUCCUCUCGAGUCACUCUUCAAUCGUCAUGGUCUCGGCUAUUGAGAAAGCGACAUCUUGUCUUUUCGAGGACCAUACCGUGUGUGUCUUCACGAGUUACGGCUAUAACAUGAUUAAGUUCCCUACUUUUGAUCCUUUCACGAGUUCACCACUCCAACGCUCAGUGCAGCUCUCUAUGUCCUCCCGCUAUGACCCUGGCCGCCGCGAGAUCCAUCAAAUCACAUCAGGCGGGGAUACCAUAGCUGCGGUUACGGGCAAUGGAGACCUCUUUACGAUGGUAGUCAAUCACAAGUACGAUGGUAAUCAGUCCGCUGCGUCCACGACUAAUCCGUCGAAGAUCAAGGACGCGGUGACAAUACCACAAUGCAUUUGGAGCUCUAAAAAAGAUGGCGUUAGAUCUGUUAGUGUCGGAGAGAAUAGUUCUGUUAUAAUCUCUACACAGUCUGGGGCGGUCUGGCAUCGCAUCAAGCGAACAAAAGCGAAAGACACUAAAACACCUGCAACAGCAGACUCCAACAAGCGCAAGGACUUUAAAUUCCAGCGUGUUCCCUAUAUUACGGAUAUUGUUGCGGUUAGAAGCUCUGCUUUCGGUGCAUACGCCGCGGUCCGCAAGGAUUGCGAUGUGACACGGGAGCAACUUGAGAUUGAUGACCCGACAUUGUGGGAGGACAUUGCCCCCCUGUUCCCUCUAUCUGGAUUUAGGGCUCUGAAUUAUAAAGCGCGAGCAAAUAAGGACACUUGGAAAUUUCAGGAUCCAGACGUGUUGAAAGGUCGAGUAGACUCACUGGCAUACGAGGUGUUGACGUCAACUGACCUUGAAGAUGAUCUUCAAAGACAUCUUAAGAAUUGGCAUUUCCACCACGAUGGUCUUGGCAUGGUCAUUCGUACCGCUACAUUCCCAGAUUUGGCAAUUCCCGUACACUCCUGGCUCUUGUCAGCUAGAAGUCCGUUACUUCGGGCCGGAUUACAACAAUUCAGGGAAACCGGAAUUUCCGAGUUUUCAGAUGUCCUAACUAUCAGUGAACAGGAUAAUGUUGUGAUUGUAGAACUUACUGGCAGCGUCGAUAUAAUCACACUAAUGAAUCUCAUCGUUUAUUUAUAUCGCGACAGAGUCAUCCCUGCCUGGAACUUUACGCGGCAAUCUAAACCCUUAGCAUAUAGAUACCGCCAAAUCCGCACAGAACUUAUGAGACUGGCUACUGGACUUGGUAUGACCGACUUGGAAGCUGCUGUUAGGGUCCAAAGCUCACCGCCACGUUCUAUGAAUAAGGACUUCAAGAAAGCUAUCGAGGAUGCAGCCUUUUUUGAAGAUGGUGAUGCUCUUUUGGAACUCGAUGGCGAUGAGAUCCUUGUCCAUAGCGAUCUGCUCUGCCAAAGGUGUCCGUGGUUCCAAGGUCUUUUCAAAGGUCGUUCUCGUGGUAUGUGGCUAGAGAGUCGCCGUGCAGAACAAAAAGAUUACGACUACAUCAAAAUCGACCUGAAGCAUAUGGACCCGGAGGCAUUCCAUUACGUACUUCAGCAUCUAUACGCCGAUAUUGGGGAAGAGUUAUUCGACGAUGUUGUCGCAGAGAAUCUUGAUGACUUCUCCGAAUUAGUUAUGGAGGUUAUGGGCAUUGCUAACGAACUGAUGCUCGAUCGUCUAUCACAAAUCUGCCAGAAAGUCAUCGGUCGUUUUGUUAACACUCGCAAUAUUUCGAAUUUACUAAAUGCUAUCAGUCCCUGUUCGGUUACUGAGUUCAAGGAUAAGGGAUUGGAAUACAUCUGCCUCCAGAUGGAGUCGAUGCUUGAAAAUCAUCUACUUGACGAUCUCGACGAGGAUCUUCUCCUAGAGCUAGAUGAGGUCGUCAGGGAUAAUCAACUGGCCAGGUGUCCAUUUGCGCGAAGUGGGAGAGCUGAUUUACUCCUCCACGAACACAACCCUGAGCUAGCGCAAGAUAUUGACGAAGAGAGGCAGAGACGAGUGAAAGAGAUGGCGUAUAAGGUCAUACAGAAAGAAGACGAGAAAAAGCUAUCAACAUCGUUCAAGUCUCGUAUUGGGAGCUUGGACGAAUCUACCGGUGUUUCUCCAAUAACGGACCGAAGUAGGAGAAAGUCGAAAGCAAUUCGAAACGAGCCUUUCACGCCUGAGCUUCGACCAAGAGACUCUCAUGCAGACCUCAUCUUUGCUAUGGACGAAGAGGGGUCGCCUAGCAGCACGACUCCUGUUUCUCCAAGUCCCCAACCGUUGCAACCCAGUGAGCAAACCGAAUUGGACCAGUUAUCAACGCUUUCUGGUCCUUGGAGGGAUUCCAAAGGAAAAUUUGUUGAAGAUCACAUCACACCAAACUCCACUACACAAGUUUCGACAUCAAGGCCCAACCUAUCCCCUACAACGUUACAGAACGGUCCUACAAGGCGUGUGCCGUCGGGAGGUAAUCCAUGGGGACCAUCAUCACUGCCAACUUCACGGUUAGAUCUGCGAGAGGUGUUAGCAGAGUCUCGACCAGUCCAAUCGGCGUUGUCUGCCGAAUUAGCGGCUGAGAGAAGAGAGGCAAGUAGCAAAAUCACCCCUCAAAAGAUGUCUCAAAAGGAGAGAAAAAGGCAACUGCAACAGCAAGCGGAGUUAGCAACACGGCAAGAGUCACAAUCUCAGCAAUCACCAUCACCGUGGACGAAGGUUGGCGAAAAGAAUGACUCGCCCUGGCAAAAGAUCCCGCUUGCCUCGAAGACGCCCCCGACAGACGUCCCGGAGCAUUCGGCAGGUUUGUCGGCGGGCCCACCGAGGCCAAAGCCACUUCUUGCUGCAGAGACAUCGUCUAGCAAGUCCAUACCACGGCGGACAGCAUCUCCGGAUACUAGGUUUCCCGGUCAAAGGUCCAACAGUGCGACACAGGUAGCCAUGCCUGCUACUCAAUUCAAAUCACAGCAACUCACUCCGCACUCGAAGUCUUAUAUCAAGCGAGCACCUAAACCGGAGCAGGAGAUGGGUCUUGGCCUUGCUGAUAUCAUUGGAGAACAGCGGCGUGAACAGGAAAGUGUACGCGAGGCAGUCGCCAAGCGUAGCCUCCAGGAGAUUCAACAAGAGCAGGCGUUCCAAGAGUGGUGGGAUCAGGAGAGCCGACGGAUGCAAGAAGAAGAAGCAAGGCGAGCUGCGCGCGAAGAAGGUAAAGAAAAGAAGAAAGAGCACAAUAGCAGCCGAAGAAGCAAUCGUAGCAAUAAGUCAAAGGGUGGUAGCAGUAAUCGACCUAAUAAUAGUGGAGGCGGUAAUAAUGCCACUACCAAAGCUACAGAGGCAGGACCCAGCUCCAGCUCUAGAGGGCGAGGACGCGGAAAUAGAGGAAAGGCGACGUGA